AUGAAGCUCACGUGCCUCUCGCUUCUCGCGGCCGCCUUCGCAACCGUCGCUGCAUCGCCCGUCUCGCUCAACGAGCUCACUGGCGACAACAAGGCGCGCAGGACCGAGCAGCUCGAGGCGGUCCUCGACGACGCCGACGUCAACCGCAAGUGCCACACGUCCAACAGCAACUACCUCCCCGUGUACCACAACUGCUUCCGCACCGACGCGCAGGUCGACGAGUACCUCGACGUGCUCGUCAAGCAGAACGCCGGUGUCAUCACCAAGUUUCAAAUCUCGACCACGCACAAGGGUACUCUCUUCACUUCUUACGAAUCGUUUGUCUCAUACCGAGGGGUAGGGUUGCCGAUCUGGGCCUACAAGAUCUCGACCGGCGCGCGCCCGUCGUCGCUGUACCUCCAGGCGCUUCUCCACGCCCGCGAGUGGGUCGCGACGUCGUCGGCGGUGCACACAAUCUCGACGAUCCUCGACAACAUUGCGGCCAAGAAGCCGACGCCGACCGACACGCACGACCUCAUCAUCGUGCCGCUCGUCAACGUCGACGGCUACCGCAUGACGUGGAAUGGUGCCCGCGACCAGCGCAAGAGCGCGAACGAGGUCGACCUCAACCGCAACUGGCACACGUUGAUUGCCAACCCAAACCCGCCGCCGCCGAGCUCGCUGGACUACCCGGGCCCGACCUACUUUAGCGAAAACGAGACAAUUGGUCUCCGCGACUACCUCGACAAGAACAGCGCGUCGAUCGACGGCUACAUUGAUCUCCACGCGUAUGGGGCCUUGGUCCUGGCGCCGUUCGGCGACACCAAGCAGCCCGUCGGUGGCGGCCUCGAUGAGAAGUACAAGACGAUGAACACCAAGAUCGCCAAGGCCAUGAGCAAUAAGUACAAGGCGACGCUCUCGCACCAGUUGUACUUCGUGUACGGCAGCUUCCUGGACUAUGCGGUCCGCAAGUUUGCCGGCAAGCCGUCGAUCACGAUCGAAAUGGACGGUACCAAAUUUGUCGCGCCCGCGUCGUCCAUCAUCCAGAGGGGCAAGGAGGUCUAUGAUGGUCUCUCGGUCUUUGCCGCGGAGAACGCCGAGUUCCUCGGCAAGAAGCCGACCCCCACUGCGGCUCCCACGGACGCCCCCGAGCCGGCGCUGGCCCCGACGCCGACGGUUGUCCCGACGACCAAUCAAUCCGCGUGCUUGGGGGAUUGA